GUGUUUUUAGCCUGCAAGACUAACCAAUCUUACAAUUCAAUUGCUUAUUUUAAACCUCUUGCAACAAUCCAUCAUCUUUUCUCAUUCCAACUUCUGUCAAUAUGUCAUCGUGGAUAACUCUCAAAUUCAGAGCUGUUCUUCAUGUACUUCGUGCCACCAACUUCCAAUCAAGCUAUGUUGGAUUACAGAAAAACAGACCAAUUGUAUCAGCUGCUACACCUCAAACAGUUCAUUGCUUGCAUCCUAAUCUGCAAUUCUACAGCACCAAUACCAACAACACAAGUACUAAUGCAAAAGGAAUAAAAGAUGAGAAGAUUCAACCUGAACCUGCUGCACCUGCACAUGCUUCUAAAACUUUUUCCUUCUCUUAUUGGUUAAGAUGGAUAUUGGGCAUGACACUUUCUGUCUUACUACCCUUCUGGAAACCUUACUGGAAAAAACUGCAGAGAAUAGAAGGAGAGGCAGAGUUUGUGAUUGAAGAGGCUGAAGCGGUGGCAAAAGUGGUAGAAAAAGUGGCAAAAGUAGCAGAAAAAGUAUCUGAAGAUGUAGCAGAGAUGCUUCCAGAGGAUGGUAAACUAAGGAAAGCAACUUUGGUGGUAGAACAUGCAUCAAAAGAAGCAGCACAUGAUGCUCAGCUUACUCAACAAUUCAUACACAAGGUUGAAGAACUCAAGAAUGACCUUGAUGAUAUACAAGCCUUUGUUGAACCAGUAAUUGACAAGAUUGUCAAGAUUUAAUUAACCUCACAAAAUUUAUGUCAAAUACUUAUUCUUUUGUA